CAUCAUCUCGGGUGGAGUCAGAGGAACGGCAAGUGGCUUCCAAGGAUCAGGCUGAUGCGAUUGAGCUACGGAGUGCGUUGGGACCUUCCGACCUUCACGUGGCGAUGGUUCGAGACUAUUCCUCUUCCAGCCUCCUGACUCAGUAUUGAAGGUCAGAACCGGGGGGCAACCAGAGGCAAAGGGCCUAUGAUGAAACGAACAUUUCAACAGUCAAGUGGGUAGACCCGUGCGUGAGAGAGCGCAAUUGAAUUCAUUUCAUUGUCUCCGGGAGAGGGGGAAGUUGGUCUGUCAAGCGCCGCACUGCACUGUCCAAGUGGGCUCCUCAAACCUAACUUACCUUUCAUGCCAUCAUUCCCCUCUCUCGUCUCUCUCUCUAUCCCCAUUCAUCUAUUACUACUUUCUCUCCUUCCCACCCACAGCCCCGGCCGAACAAUUGCCGCUAACUGCGCGACCGAUGGAGAUGCAAAGCCACCAGGGGUCGCAAGAUCCAUCUCCGUCAAUGUUGGUUCUCUGGGAUCUGGAUUCAUCCAGGAGGAAGGAGAUCGUGUCUCAUCCCAGCCCGUGGCAGUGGAAAAAAUAGAUCGACCAUCUAUCAUGAAUGGGGACUCUGAUUUCCCCAACCUUGUUAAACGGAUGAAAAUCAUAAGGACGAAACGUCCAAAUUACAAAAAUUACAUUUAAAUAAAAGAGACACAAAAAAAAACUGGUCGAAAAAAAAGAAAUUACAGACACAAGAAAAAGAAAUAAAAAA